AUGUACGGUACUGGUAAUAACGUAGGUAGCAAUCUCGGAGAACAAAUUACUGACAACUGGAUCAAUCAAAAUGUUCCAGGAGGAGUUAACAGUCCAAUGGGUGAACAAUUAGACAACAUGAUGGGUGGAAAUCCUAAUCCAACAAUUGGUCAAUAUGUUGGUGGUGCUCCAGGUGUUGGAGGUACUCCACAAUAUGGUAGUACUCCACAGUAUGGAGGGCAAUAUUAUCGAUAA